AUGACCCGGUUAGGAUUGCGAUUCGUCGCAUCCGCAGUCUGCCUGGCCGGGAUUGUUAGUGGGCAAUUAAAUCACACAUCAUGGCCGAAUCCACCACCGGUCGUGCCGCUGGAACGAGGUGAUAUCGGAAGGCCUACAAACGGUAGCGAUGAUGACUACGGCAGUUCGCCAGAUAUCAAAUAUUUAGGCAAAGGGUUUAUUACGGACAACGAAGGAUACGAGGAUGCGGAAAGGCGGAACGGCAGUUUCACGUCUGGUAAUUACAGUCCUGACGAAAGGGCCCAUCUCCCAUUCUUUUGGAACAGAAACAGAAGCGAUCCUCAUGGUCAAUCUUUUUCGGGCCGAUUUCCUUACGAUAGAGCAUCGCCGGGCUAUGACAGAUAUCCUGACAGCGGCGGCACGCCAGGAUUCGGAAUUGACGAAAAUCGAUCAGGCGGUUACCUCGAUAAUCACGGCGAUUACGAUACAUACAGUGGUGCCGGUGAAAGUGAGCGAGGAGGAGGUUCUUAUAGCUACAGUCAAGGAAAUUCUGGUGAUUCUUAUAGUAAUAGUUAUGGAGGAACUUAUGGUGCGGGAAGUGCGGAUUCCUAUGGUCGUGGAAGCGGAAGUGCUUAUGGUGGGAGUCGCGGAAGUGGACAAAUUUACGGCGGCAGUCGUGGAAGCGAUGACGCUUACGGUAGUCGUGGCCGCGGUUAUGGGGGUUACGGUGCCGCUGGAGAUGACGAAAAUUAUCCGAGCAAUUACCAAGUAGUACCUAUGCCCGGAGCACCGCGAAAUUGUACCGGAUCAGGAUGCUGCGCGCCCAAGUGUUUCGCCGAGAAGGGAUCACGGGGACCACCAGGAAUAAUCGGACCGCAAGGACCUAAGGGACAACGCGGAUUUCCAGGAGCAGAAGGUCUUCUAGGAUCCAAAGGUGAGAAGGGAGAUCCUGGUCCACAAGGUCCACACGGUACGAAAGGUGACAGAGGAAAAAUGGGUAUGCCUGGUUUUCCCGGUAUAAACGGUGUACCUGGAGUACAAGGACCUCCGGGUCCUCCUGGCGUUCCCGGUCGUGAUGGUUGUAAUGGAACGGAUGGUGAACGUGGUCGUGAUGGUGUACCUGGAGAACCAGGACCUCGCGGUCUUCGAGGUCUACCCGGACCUAAAGGAGAAAAGGGUCAACCAGCGUAUGCUGGUGCUUUUCCAGUGGGUCAAAAGGGUGAACCUGGUAUGGAUGGUGUAAGAGGGCCUCCCGGUCCUCCUGGUUAUCAAGGAGAACGCGGUCUACCUGGUUCAAAGGGUGAACGAGGCCCUUACGGUGCUCCUGGCAUAUUAGGUCCAAAAGGAGAAAAAGGAAAUAUGGGUCUUGGAUUUGAAGGAUUAAAGGGAGACAAAGGUCAAAAAGGUGAACCAGGACCUCCGGGUUCAACUGCGCCUAUCAUGCCAUUCGAAGGAGUCUCGGAAAUCACAGGUCCACCUGGAGAACCAGGUUAUAAAGGAGAUAAAGGUGAAAUGGGACCAGAAGGACAAAAAGGAGAACCGGGAUUCAUAGGUGAUCAUGGUAUACCUGGAGGAUUAGGACAAAAAGGAGAAAAGGGUCUUCCAGGAGCUCCAGGGAUUCGUGGUAGAGAUGGUUUCUCUGGACCUCCUGGACCUCCUGGACGAAAAGGUGAUCGAGGUAUUGAUGGAUUAGAGGGACUUUCUGGACGACCCGGCAAAAAAGGAGAACCCGGUCGAGAUGGAACAAUGGGUGUUCCAGGUUUACGAGGACCUCCUGGACCACCAGGAGGUGGUAAAGGAAGACCUGGACCACCAGGUCCGAAAGGACCACGUGGUUUUCCAGGGCCUACUGGACCACGAGGAGCAGACGGUUUCCCAGGAGAUCCAGGACCGAGAGGACCCAUAGGUUUACAAGGAGGUCCCGGAUCGAAUGGAAUUCCAGGUCCAGAAGGUUUGCCAGGAGAAAAGGGUGCAAAGGGUGAGCCUGGCUUAACCGGAUUCCCCGGAGGUCCAGGACCACGUGGAUUUGAUGGACCACCCGGAGCAGUGGGACCUCGAGGACCGCCAGGAGACAAAGGAUUUUCUAUAAUGGGACCGAAAGGAAUGGAUGGAACGCCUGGUUUAGAUGGAGAGAAGGGUCAAAAAGGCGAACGAGGUUACGCGGGGGUACGUGGUCGACCAGGAGAUUCUCUAGACGGUAUUCCAGGAGCACCGGGUGCACCUGGUGAGCCAGGAGAAGCCGGAGCGCCAGGAAGAGAUGGUGUACCAGGUCUUUCUGGAGCGUCUGGAGAGAAAGGAGAUAUCGGCGGUCGUUGUAUAGAUUGUAUACCGGGAUUGCGAGGCGCUAAAGGAGAUCGUGGUUUCGAUGGUACGCCCGGACUUACUGGUCCUCGAGGACCACCUGGAGAACGCGGUUUUCCUGGAGAAGCUGGAGUAGAUGGCUUGCCAGGUACAAUUGGACCUCCAGGACCACCGGGAAAAGAUGGUAUACCCGGUGCUCCAGGACCUCAAGGAGAACCUGGAACUCCAGCAACCGUGACAUGGAAUAUGCUUAAAUUAGAAAAGGGUGAUAAAGGAGCGCGUGGAGAACAAGGUCGACAAGGCCCGCCGGGACCAGAAGGACCUUUGGGAGAAAAAGGUAGACCUGGAUUUGAAGGUUUUCCAGGGCUUAAAGGAACGCCAGGAGAUCGUGGAUUCCCUGGACAAGAUGGUGUUCCAGGAAGACCGGGAACGCCUGGACGUAAGGGAGAGAAAGGAUUAAGUGUAAAAGGUGAACCUGGAGAACCAGGUCGACCAGGAUUUUCAGGACAGAAAGGAGAACCUGGUUUGUACGGACUUAAGGGUGAACCUGGUCAGUGUCCACCACUCGACCUUAUGAAAGGCUUCAAAGGUGAUCGAGGUUUAACUGGUGACAAAGGAGAACCUGGACCACCUGGCAGGGAUGGAUUACCUGGUGAUAAAGGAUUGCAUGGUUUAUCGGGUCCACCUGGUACACCUGGCCCAAUCGGUGCACCUGGACCUGUGGGUCCAAGAGGUUUACCUGGUCCGCGUGGUGAUAAGGGUAACAUGGGUCCUAUGGGUUUCCCAGGAGAAUCUGGUCGAGAAGGACCUAGGGGUUUUCCAGGUGCUCCGGCUCCGAAGGGUGAAAAAGGAGAACCUGGAAUAUCAGUCAAAGGUAGUCCUGGUCUAACAGGUCCUCCAGGUGAAAAGGGAGAGAAAGGUCUUCCUGGACCACCAGGAAAAGAAGGUCUACGCGGUUAUCAGGGAUUAGCAGGCUUUACUGGCGAGAAAGGAGACAUGGGCCCACCGGGAAUAAAUGGUUUGCCAGGAGCACCUGGUGCAAAAGGAGACACAGGUCCAAUUGGUCCACCUGGUCCUCCAGGUGUUGCUGGUAUUCCAGGAGCGGAUGGGAUCAAAGGUGAGCCAGGGUUACCAGGAGAACCAGGUAGAGGGGGUCUUCCAGGAUUCCCGGGAACAAAAGGUGAUCGCGGUGAACCAGGUAUCGAUGGACCAAAAGGAUAUCCCGGCAGACGAGGAUUACCUGGUACUGCAGGUAAACCUGGAGCUGAAGGUCUACCAGGUUUAAAGGGCGAACAUGGCGAAAAAGGUUCACCAGGAUUCCCUGGAUUACCAGGUAUGGAAGGAAAGCCUGGUCGUCCUGGCAUAUCCGGACUAAAAGGAGAUCAAGGACCAUCUGGUGCACCUGGUGCGCCAGGAAACAUCGGUUACGAUGGAGCUAAGGGUGAUACUGGUCCACCGGGUCUACCGGGUAGGAAAGGAGAACCAGGACAGGUCUCAGAGAAAGGACAGAAAGGUGAGCCAGGAAUGCCUGGAAUACGAGGUCCUCUAGGCCCUCCAGGACGAGAUGGUAUUGAUGGAGCGAAGGGUGAAUCUGGAAAACCAGGCAUUGGCAGGGACGGAUUGCCUGGAUUAAAGGGUGAGUCGGGUGUACCAGGUCGAGAUGGAUUACCAGGAUUUCAAGGUCAAAAAGGUGAUACUGGUGUAAGAGGAUUCCCUGGAAUAAAAGGCGAUUAUGGUCCACCGGGUAUACCUGGAGAACCUGGUCCGCCCGGUAUAGACGGACUUCCUGGAGAGGUUGGUGAAAUCGGACCACAGGGAGUACCUGGUUUCUCUGGAGUUGAUGGCGAGAUGGGCCCUCCUGGCCGACCUGGACUCGAUGGUAUUAAAGGAGAUCGCGGUUUACAAGGACUCGUCGGAUUGCCCGGUAUUCAAGGAGCAAUAGGAGAAAAGGGAGAUCGUGGUCCGCCAGGACCUACAAUCCAGAUUAAAGGUGAAAAGGGUGAGCCAGGUAUUCCUGGAUUUUCUGGAGAAAAAGGAGAGAAAGGAAAUCAAGGUGUAAUAGGUAUCUCUGGUUAUGACGGUGAAAAGGGCGACAGAGGUCUACCUGGACUCGAAGGAUCUCCUGGACCUCAUGGUGCUCCUGGAUCUAAAGGUGACCAAGGACCUGCUGGUAUUCCUGGAAUUCCUGGAGUUACGAUAAAGGGCGAGAAAGGUUUGCCUGGUCUAUUGGGUAAGCACGGUAGAGACGGAUUUCCAGGACGACCUGGUGAGAAGGGUGAACCAGGAUUGCCUGGUUUGCCUGGACCAAAAGGAGAUAUUGGUCCUUAUGGGCCAGUUGGACCUCAAGGUGAAAAAGGUGAUCAAGGGCCACCAGGUCUGACUGGACCUCCAGGACGCGAUGGCAAUUCAGGUCUCGAAGGUGCACCUGGAUUACCUGGUGAGAGAGGUCAAAAGGGUGAUCAAGGACUGCCUGGAUUAUUCGGUGCUCCAGGACAAAAAGGAGAAUCCGGUUUUCCAGGACCAAAUGGAUUGGAUGGACCUCAAGGAGAAAAAGGUGAAAGAGGUUGGGAUGGUGUAAAUGGUUUACCUGGACCAAUUGGUCAAAAGGGUGAUAGAGGAUAUCCUGGUACAGUUGGAUUAAUGGGUGCGGUUGGUUACGAAGGUGAAAAAGGUGAAAAAGGUGAAGACUGUCUCGAACCGCCAAUGGGACCUAAAGGAGAUCGCGGAUAUCCAGGUCCGACCGGACUACCUGGUCCUCAGGGAGAAAAAGGACUUUCAGGUCCGCCCGGUUUCUCUGGCGUAGAUGGUAUUAAGGGUGCGCAAGGUUUUAUUGGUCCACCGGGAGCACCUGGAUUAUCAGGAUUACCUGGACCUGUCGGUGCACCUGGUUUACCGGGUCUUCAAGGUCCCGUCGGUGCGCCAGGACUCAUCGGCGAGCCCGGUGCACCUUGUGAAACGACACCUGAUUAUCUCACUGGUAUCCUUCUGGUUAAACACAGCCAAAGUCAAAGCGUGCCGAUUUGCGAACCAGGCCACAUAAGACUCUGGGAGGGAUACAGCUUGCUCUACACUGACGGCGAUGAGAGAGCGCACUCUCAAGACUUAGGUUAUGCCGGCUCGUGUGUAAGAAAAUUCUCAACGAUACCCUUCCUGUUCUGCGACGUCAACAACGUCUGCCAUUACGCUAGUCGCAAUGAUCGUUCUUACUGGCUAUCUACCAAUAGACCAAUUCCCAUGAUGCCCGUCGAAGAGGCGGCGAUAGAAGAAUAUAUCUCCAGAUGUGUGGUAUGCGAAGUUCCGGCCAAUGUGAUAGCGGUACACAGUCAAACGAUAAGCAUUCCAGAAUGUCCGGCGGGAUGGACCGGUCUUUGGAUCGGUUAUAGUUUUGUAAUGCAUACCGGCGCAGGUUCCCAGGGGGGCGGUCAAUCUCUGUCGAGUCCUGGUUCCUGCCUGGAGGACUUCCGCGCCACACCGUUCAUCGAGUGCAAUGGCGCCAAAGGACACUGCCAUUACUAUUCUAAUCAGUACAGCUUCUGGAUGGUGACCAUAGAAGACAGCCAGCAGUUCAGGAGCCCCGAAAAACAGACCCUAAAGGCGGGUAAUCUUAGAUCCCGAAUAAGUCGCUGCCAAGUUUGUAUAAAGAAUACAUAAACGUACGUGCCACCGUUACACAUAGAACACAUACAUGGACAUACAUACACACAUACAUAUACAUUUAUAACAACAUACACACAUGACAUACAUGCAAUACACUUCUUUUUCUCCCUUUUUUUUACACGAGAACCGAAGCGAAAUUAUCAUUACGAAUAUAAACGAGCAGUGAUUGAAACCGAUACAAUUUCAUCGAGUACAGUGUCUCGACAUUAGAGAUUCCACGCGGAAAUGAUCUCUAUGUUUAUUCGAGAUAAUGAAAAUUCGUUCGAUUCGCGCGGGAUACAUUUUGUCGCGUCUCCGUAGCACGGAAAAUUGAACUCGUCGGAAUUGUGCUGGUUCCAUUCUCUGAUAACAAGGAAGAAAAGAGCAGUAACGUUUCGCGAAUGGUACGAUGGAACGGAAGUUCAGACGACAUCGUCCGCUCCGCGUCGACGAUGUUAAGAAAUAAAGAGAACGGACGUAUCCUUCUCUCCUGUGAUUCCCUCUGCCUCAAAUGUGUUCCGCAGCCACGUCUUGUCCUCAUUAUUUCCUGCCUCCUCGCUCCUCAUUGUCAGAACGCUUCCAAUGCUCUGGAUAGUUUCUUUUUCCGAGAGCCACCCUUCUCAUUCGUUAUCUGCUCUCUUUUAUCCUAGCGCUUCCUCUCUUUCGCCAUAUGUGUUUUCUUCUUUUUUAUAUGUAUAACUAUUCAAGCAAGUGCCUUUAUAGCGUACUCUAUUCUAGCAUGUAAAAUAAUAUAUAUUUAUAUUCUCUCGUAUGAAUCUCGUAUUGAAGUCUAAGUUUAUUGUACCACCACGGACACUGCCCAUAUCCAUAUGGCACAUUUUACAUAUUGUAUAUUAAUAUAAACGAUCUUAGCCUGGUAAUCGUGUGACGCCAAAUAUUUAAAUAAAUAGGUAUUUUGCUACGUAGCUAAUAAAAUUCUAUUUUCAAACC